AUGCAGCUGCCUCUGGAAAAGAGCACUGAACUCCCUGAGGGUCUGGUCAUCGGCCUUGGCAGGCUAGAGCUACAGGCCAGAAGCUCUCUUCCUGUGGAGUCGACCAAGCUCCCUUCAGCUCCACCAGGUGUAAUGUCAUUGGGGGCCGGUCUUGUGGCAGAGUCCCCAGAGUUGGUGCACGUGUCCCGGCCCCGAGCGGGGGUGCGCGUGCAGGAGAGGGGAGCAGAAGUGCGGUCAGCACCAGCCCGGGAAGGGAAGCCUCAGACCCCGGCCUCCCUCCCUGGGGCCCCUCUCCCUCCCCCGCCCGGCCGGCAGAGCGCCCAAGCCCGGAACCAGAGACAUGGCCCCCGGCAGCCGGAGCCCCUCGUCCCAGGCGGCUCCCAGGGCUCUGAGUCCCUCUGCUUUGCCAGGUCUCGGGUCCCAUCAGAGGUGAGACUUUCACUGAGACGGGAAGGAGACCGGGAGGCCCAGGGGGGAGGGAGGACAUUCCCAGCAGGAGAGGAGGCCCUGGGAGCCGGUUAUGGGAUGGAGGGUCUUGUCAAGGCUCAGCCAGAGCCCGGGGUCCAGGAGGAGGAGGGGAAGAAGGAGUUGGUGACCUUCAAGGAUGUGAUGGUGGACUUCACUGAGGAGGAGUGGAGGCUCUUGGAUCCUUCUGAGAAGGAGCUAUACAAGGAGGUCAUGCUGGAGAAUGUCCAAAAUCUGCUGUCCCUGGAUGUAGAGCUCAACUUUGAAUGGAAUGAGAUGACUAGAAAGCUGGGAAUUUUUGUGGAAGAACGUGACCUGCGAAGAUUCCUGAAGGAUGGUCCCUGUGCCUUGACUUUGAGGGAAAUCCAUGCCUCUAAAAUCCAAGUAGAUAAUCCAAAGACUGACUGUGAAUUGGAUGAAAGUAGAAAGAGAUUCAAGCAAUCAUCUUUCCUAAAUCACUAUAACAAAAUGAAUUCAGGGAGUAACUAUCUUCUAGAUAGUGAAUAUCAGAAAUAUUUUCCUGAACAGGCAGAGCUCUUUGAUUCCCAGGAGAAGCCUGCUGAAAUACUAAUGAAUCCAGAUAAUCAAUGGGAAAUGGCCUUCAGCAAGAGUUCAGACCUCACUAGACAUCAGAAAAAUGAUAAUGGGGAAAUGUUUUCUGUGGGUAGUCAAGGUGGAAAGGCCUUGAGUCAGACCUCUAAGCUCAUUACUCAGCAGGCAAUUCACAUAAGAAAGGAACCUGAUGAGUAUAAAGAAGGUCAAGCAAUGUCAUCCCAUAAUUCAUCUCUUCCUUACCAAUCUAGAAUUGACCCCAGAAUGAAAAAACCUUUAUUUGGUGAGUAUGGGAUGACCUAUAGUUGGAAUUCAGACUUUGAUAGAUCUCAGAAGAUUCAUCCUGGAGAGUUUUAUAAAUAUAAUGAAGAUGGGAAGAUCUUCACACACCGAUUCUUUCUAGUUGUACCUAAGGGAAUCCACACUGGUGAGAAACCUUUUGAAUGCAAUCACUGUGGAAAGCUUUUUGCAUCUAGUUCCACUCUUAGUAAGCAUCAGAGGAUCCACACAGGAGAAAAGCCUUAUAAAUGUAAUCAGUGUGGAAAGGCUUUCAGAUUCCAUUAUGUGCUUGCAGAACAUCAGAGAAUCCACACAGGAGAGAAACCUUAUAAAUGUAUUCAUUGUGGAAAGGCUUUCACCCAGACUGCAGGUCUUGCUUUACAUCAGAGAAUCCACACUGGUGAGAAACAUUUUAAAUGUAAUCAAUGUGGAAAGGCUUUCACACGGAGUGCCAGUCUUGCUGAACAUCAGAGAAUCCACACAGGAGAAAAGCCUUAUAACUGUAUUCAAUGUGGAAAGGUUUUCAUGACAAGAGCCAGUCUUGCUUUACAUCUGAAAAUCCACACUGGAGAAAAACCUUAUAAAUGUAAUCAAUGUGGAAAGGCUUUUAUAAAGAGAGCCAGUCUUGCUAUACAUCAGAGAAUCCACACAGGAGAAAAGCCUUAUAAAUGUAAUCAAUGUGGAAAGGCUUUCACAUGCAAGGGAGAUCUUAGCAGACAUCAGAAAAUCCAUUCUGGAGAGAAACCUUUUAAAUGUAAUCAGUGUGGCAAAGCUUUCAUAAGAAAUUACAUGCUUGCAGAACAUGAGAGAAUCCACACAGGAGAAAAGCCUUAUAAAUGUAUUCAUUGUGGAAAGGCUUUUAUAACAAGAGCCAAUCUUGCUUUACACCAGGGAAUCCAUACUGGAGAAAAACCUUAUAAAUGUAAUCAGUGUGGAGAGGGUUUCAGAAGAAAUUACAUGGUUGCAGAACAUCAGAGAAUCCACACAGGAGAAAAGCCUUAUAAAUGUAUUCAUUGUGGAAAGGCUUUCAUAACAAGAGCCAGUCUUGUGUUACAUCAGAGAAUCCACACUGGAGAAAAACCUUAUAAAUGUAAUCAAUGUGGAAAGGCUUUCAGAAGAAAUAAGAAGCUUGCAGAACAUCAGAGAAUCCACACAGGAGAAAAGCCUUAUAAAUGUAAUCAAUGUGGAAAGGCCUUCAGAUGUAAUUACAAGCUUGCAGAACAUCAGAGAAUCCACACAGGAGAAAAGCCUUAUAAAUGUAAUCAAUGUGGAAAGGCUUUCACAAACAGUUCCAAUCUUGCUUUACACCAAAGAAUCCACACUGGAGAAAAACCUUUUAAAUGUAAUCAAUGUGGAAAGGCCUUCACAUGCAAGGGAGAUCUUGGCAAACAUCAGAAAAUCCACACAGGAGAGAAACCUUUUGAAUGUAAUCAAUGUGGAAAGGCUUUCAGAUUCAAUUAUGUGCUUGCAGAACAUCAGAGAAUUCACACUGGAGAGAAACCUUAUAAAUGUAAUCAAUGUGAAAAGGCUUUCAUAGCUAGAGCUGGUCUUGCUUUACAUCAGAGACUCCAUACAGGAGAAAAACCUUAUAAAUGUAAUCAAUGUGGAAAGGCUUUCACACAGAGUGCCAGUCUUGCUUUACAUCAAAGAAUCCAUACUGGAGAGAAACCUUUUAAAUGUAAUCAAUGUGGAAAGGCUUUCAUAAGUAAUUAUAGGCUUUCUGAACAUCAGAGAAUCCACACUGGAGAGAAACGUUAUAAAUGUAAUCAAUGUGGAAAGGCUUUCAUAAGUAAUUACAGGCUUGCAGAACAUCAGAGAGUCCACACUGGAGAAAAGCCUUAUAAAUGUAUUCAUUGUGGAAAGGCUUUCACAUGCAGUGCCAAUCUUGCUUUACACCAGAGAAUCCACACAGGAGAAAAGCCUUAUAAAUGUAAUCAUUGUGGAAAGGCAUUCAGACGUAAGUACAAGCUUACAGAACAUCAGAGAAUCCACACUGGAGAGAAACCUUAUACAUGUAAUCAAUGUGGGAAAGCUUUUACACGAAAGACGAAUCUUACAACACAUCAGAGAAUCCACACAGGAGAGAAAACCAUAUAAAUAUAAUCAAUGUGGAAAGGCCUUUUAUUCUUUCUUUACAUCAGAGAAUCCAUAUAGGAGAAAAGCCUUACGAUAAUCAAUAUGGAAAGGCUUUCACAUGCAAGGGAGAUUGUUAUGGGCUAGAACUCUACUUGAAACAAAGGAUUCUUACAAGGUACUAAGUCAAUGGAACUGAUAGAGACAUUGGUUAUUUGAUUUAGCAUGGUUCAGUGUGAUUGAUUUAAUCCUACAAAGAGAUGUUAUAGACCAAAUUUGAAACAAAGUACUAAGUGGAAUUGAGGAGAUAAUGGAUAAAUCUAGUUUAGCAUUGAUUUAAUUCUACAACAAAUAAUGAUUUCCUAGUGAUAUAACAAUUGAUUUUUACUUGGUGUGGUGCAUAUAAGCUAGAAGCUCUCAGGACCAGAAAAGACAAGCGCACUAGAAGCUCUCAGAUGCUGAGACAGAUUGAUUCCAUCAUCCACCUUUGUGAUGGCUGGAGGCUGAAGCACAAACCUUUGGAUAUGGGGAGAUUCAGAAGCCAGAGAAGGUGGGCAGGAGCUCAAGCUCUCAAAAUCAAGGAGAGAUAGGCCUCUAUGAAAGCCAACCAGGCCCCAGGCAAGGAGACAAGACUUUGAAAGAGACAAUAAAGGAUUUGGAAUUUAACAUCUGGCUGCACUUGUGGUGAUUACUGAAUUGAAAGGAAGGCUUCCUCCAGAGACUUCAAGAAAACCUCAACAGAGAACAUUACAUUUUAAAGAGAACAUUACAAGAGAUCUUAGCAAACAUCAGAGAAUCCACAUGGGGGAGAUACCUUUUGAAUGUAAUCAGUGUAGAAAGGCUUUUACAUACAGUGCCUGUCUUGUAAGACACAAGAGAAUUCAUAUUGGAAAGAAACCUUUUGAAAGUAUUCAGUGUGGAAAGACUUUUGCACAUAAGUGAAAUCUUGUUGAACAUCAAAGAAUGCACACUAAAGAGACAUUUUGAAUGUAGUCAGUGAGGAAAGGAUUUCACACAGAUUCUUUCCAGCUGCACAUCAGAGAAUCAACCCUGGAGAGAAAGCUUAUAAAUGAAUUUCAUGUGGAAAGGCAUUCAGCUAGAAAUCCAAUAUUGGCAAACAUCAGAAAGUUCACAUUUAGGAGAAGCAUUAUGAUAAUAAUAAACAUGAAAUGAUUUCGCAAAGACUUCCCAUUUGGCUGUAUAUGAGACAGUCUAUACUGGCAAGAAAACUUAUAAAUGUAUUCAAUGAGGAAAGGCUUCCAGAUAAAUAGUCCUGCUCAACAUCACAGUAGCCACGCUGGAGAGAAGUGCUUUGAAUGUGUUCAAUGUGGAACAAUUUCAAUCUGAGCUCCAAUCUUGAUAAAUAUUAGAAAUGAUAGGAUAGAAAAUACUUAGCUCCCUAAGAAUCUCCUCUAAAACAAAAAAAUAAUUGCCUCAACAUUCAUUUUGAGCAGCAAAAGUGGCCAAAACUUUAGAAGUGUUCCAGACCUUAACAGGAUCUUAGGGAGGACCUCAUCUCCCUAGGUAGAGAUUUGCCCCAAAUGAAUUCUUAGGCACUAUAGGCAGCCUCUGCUAAAUUAAGCAAGAGCAAGUCCUGGGGGUGACUGGAUUGGCCUGGGAUUUUAGUCUCCAAAGCUUUUACCUCUGGCACAAUGAAGGGCAGGGUCAGGUAAUUUAAGGAGAAGAACAAAGGGUCCUGUUCUAGAGAAAACUUCUCAGAUGAAGAUCUCAUAUCUCACACUCAAAGAGACAGGAACAGGUAGUUUCUGAUGAAGAAAUUAAAACUUUACAGCCAUAUGAGAAAGUAUUCCAACUUAUUAUUGAUUAAGGAAAUGCAAAUCAAAAACCCCAUUUUGAUAUCAUGUUUGGAACACCAAUACAUUGUUGCUGAAAUUAUGAAGUGAUCCAUUUAACUUGGAGAACAAUCUGUAAUUGAGACAAAAGAAUUAUAAAACUGUUUCACUCCAAAAUACGCUAUAAGGUCUGUUUGCCAAGAUAUAUAUAUAUGUUUUUUUGGUUGGAAGUUUGGGAUUUUUUACAGUUAUUCUAUAUACUUUAAUGACAAUAAUAAUUCACCCAGAGCCAAUAAUAAACACAUAAUUAGCAAACAAGGCAAUCCCAAUUAUUAACCACAAGAGUUUCAGAAUAGUUCAGUCCAUCUGUCAAUCCUGUACUUCUCUAAAGCAUGAAAUUCACUUUUUAAAAAAAAAAUAACUUUUUAUUGACAGAACCCAUGCCAGGGUAAUUUUUUACAACAUUAUCCCUUGCACUCACUUCUGUUGCGAUUUUUCCCCUCCCUCCCUCCCCCCCCCCCCCUUCCCCAGAUGUCAAGCAGGCCUAUACAUGUUAAAUACUGUUAAACAGUAUAUCCUAGAUACAAUAUAUGUGUGCAGAACCAAACAGUUCUCUUGUUGCACAGGGACAAUUGGACUCAGAAGGUAUAAAUAACCCGGGAAGAAAAACAAAAUUGCAAACAGCUUACACUCAUUUCCCAGUAUUCCUUCUCUGGGUGUAGCUGAUUCUGUCCAUCAUUGAUCAAUUGAAAUUGAAUUAGAUCUUCUCUUUGUCAAAGAAAUCCACUUCCGUCAGAAUACAUCUUCAUAUAGUAUUGUUGAAGUAUAUAAUGAUCUCGUUCUGCUCAUUUCACUUAGCAUCAGUUCAUGUAGUCUCUCUAAGCCUUUCUGUAUUCACCUGCUGGUAAUUUCUUAAAUUUAUAUGUUUAAAAGAUUGAUAGCACCUUUCUUUUUGGGUGACAGAGCUAGAGACUGUGGGGAUGCCAUCAAUUAAUAAAUGGCUAAAGAGGAAUGGAAUACAACUAAAAGUAAUGGUUAAUAUCUUCAACAGUGGUUGAUGUGUUCAGCCCAUCUCUUCCAUUAUCACAUCCUUAUCACUAAUCAAUGUAGCUACAUUAGCAUUUGGCAGCUUAGAUAGGUCUUUUCCUGUCAGUCUUCUAGUUAUCAUAAAAUAACUUUGGAUUGUUACAUUCAAUGUAAAAAUGAAACUUAUCUGCCUUUAUUUACUGUGCCCAGAAUCCAACAUGUCUGUAACCCUUCCUUAAACUUUUGGAAGAAUUUAAUAUGCAUGAUCUAAAUUACUUGUAAUCUUGUAGAGUUCUCAUUAUUCAUUUAAUACCUUCUGAAUUUCCCCAUUAUUUUCAUCAAACCAAUUUGGAUGUUUACCUUUUCCCCAGAUGAAUAAACCUGAUACUAUCCAUCAAAUCUCUGAAAA